UUUAUCCAUUUAUGGCUCCAAAGGUUUAGCACCGAACAAAACCGGUGUCAUCGCUGAAGUUUUAGCAAGAGCAAGAAAGGAAGGACAAGACGAAGACGGACAACUGAACAUUAAGGACAACAAACCACUGACUCAUCUGAUAAAACGCCAAACGACGCACAAUGUGUCCAGACACAAACAAGGAACCGAAAGUGGCCAUCAAGAAAAGCUCCAGAGUUCCUGGGGUUAUAAUCACUCAGAACGUUGAGCGGCUGCCUUUAGGAAAGUCAACACCCGACAUCACCCGAAAGCCAGUGGCCAUUACUGUUCAAGAAGGUAAAAAGGCAAGUUUUAAAGCUAUGGUUAGUGGGAAGCCGACACCGACUGUCACAUGGGGGCGUAGUAAGGGUCAAACCGAUGACCCAGAAAGGUACAUUAGCAGAUAUGACGAGAGAACCAAAGAGCACAUCUUUGAGAUUCUCAGUGUAAAACCAGACCAAGCUGACACCUAUAAAUGCGUUGUCACCAAUGAAUACGGCAAAGCCACAUGCACUGCAACUCUCACAGUCACUGCAGUCAGCUUGAAGAAGGGUCAGGCAGACCAGGGAACACAGGAUUUCAGAUCGAUGCUGAAGAAGACAGUCGUCGUCACUAGAAAAAAACAACUUCCACCAAAGAAGGAGGGAGAAAUUGAUCCUAAGCUCUGGGAACUGCUUCUCAGUGCACCAAGGAAGGAUUAUGAAAAAAUCUGUCUGGACUUUGGGGUAACUGACUUCCGCUGGAUGCUAAAGAGACUCAACCAGAUGAAAAAGGAAAGAGAAGAUGAACAGGCAAAGGUGGUAGAGAAACUGGAAAGUGUAAAACAAAUAGAGAUGAAGCCAAACGGAAGAGCAGAGUUUAGUUUUGAUAUGACACUUUGGGAUCCUAAAAGCAGCAUUACCCUGUACAAGGACGGCACAACGGUUCCAUAUGAUGGUGACGCAAAUUCAAAGUACAGCCUGAAGAAAACUGGCACCAAGUACAUCUUCAGCAUCAAAGACCCUCAGCCAGAGGAUGCUGGCUUUUACCAGGUAGAUGUCGAAGAGGCCAAUGUUCUGGCAACUGACUUUCAAGUGCCAGCUGUUGAGUUCACUGCCAAGAUAAAGGAUGCAAAAACUGCUGAAAGUGGUGACGCCAUCUUCCAGUGCGUCCUGUCAGCACCCCUCAACAGAAUAACAUGGUCCAAACAGGACUCGUCACUAGAACAUGGAGGGAAAUAUGACAUUACAGUGUCAGAGGACAAACUUAUUCAUACAUUAAAAGUCAAAGGCUGUAACAUGGCAGAUAAUGGAGCAUACUAUGCCAUUGCUGGAUUGGCCUCCAGCAGGGCCCUCCUCACAGUGGACGAUCAAGGCGUCCAGUUUGUCAGCGGCCUGUCAGAUACCGUGGCUAAUAGUGGUGAACGAGUGGAGAUGUCAUGCAAACUUAGCAGUGAGAGCUCAAAAGGAUGUUGGUAUAAAAAUGGGAAGCUGCUAACGAAUGAGGAAGGGCUUACAGUGAUCAAAGACGGAGCCUGUCAUAGGUUAAUUAUUGACUGCUGUAAAAAAGCAGACGCGGCAAUUUAUCGCUUCGAAGCUGAAGGACGUAAAUCAGAGGCAACACUUAAUGUUCAAGAUCCACCCAAAAUUGACAGUGACACUUUAGGAGAGUUCACAGAGCCAGUAAUUAUAAAGGCAGGUGAAAAUGCCGAAUGGAAGCUGGCGUUCUCGGGGCAGGCGCCCAUGAGUAUUCAGUGGUACAAGGAUGAUGAUGAGCUGUCGCCAGCCCUCAAUGUGAAGGCUGAAACGUCAGAUACUGAGAGCAAGCUGCGCCUUCUUAAGUGCCAAAGAAAAGACAGCGGAGAGGUCAAAAUCAAAAUAAAAAAUGAAUUUGGUACCAAAGAGGCAAUUUCUAAACUUAUUGUACUGGACAAACCCACACCUCCACAAAGACCUGUGGAAAUUAUGGAAAGCGCUGUAACAUCUGUUGAGUUCAAAUGGAAACCGCCAAAAGACAGUGGUGGAUGCCCAGUGACACGCUACAUCAUUGAACGACAGCAAGUGGGACGCAAUAAAUGGUCCCAGCUCGGCGAGAUUCCCGGGAGCAGCACGACUUACAGAGAUACAGACGUGGACCCCGGGAGGAGAUACUGCUACCGGAUCAGAGCCAGGAACGCAGAGGGUGUCAGUGACUACCUGCAGACUGAGGACAUACCUGCUGGAAUACUACGUUACCCCGGAGCCCCAACAGCCCCGAAAGUGGUCGGUGCCUUUAAAGACUGCAUCAGUCUGUCAUGGUCGCCUCCCUGUGACACUGGAGGAACUAAAAUAGUGGGAUACAAUUUGGAAAAGAACAAAAAGGGCACAAACUACUGGAGCCUUGUAAACCAAGGAGGACCGAUUACAGACACAAAGUGUGUAGUGAAGGACGUCUUUGAAGGGGCAGCGUAUGAAUUUAGGGUGUCGGCCAUCAACCUGUCAGGGGCUGGAGACCCUAGUAUUCCAUCUGACACAGUGAUCGCAAGAGAUCCUAUGAAACCUCCAGGCAAAGUCACAGACCUGAAAUUAACAUCGUCCAAUUACACCACAUUUACACUGGCUUGGAACAAACCUAAGGAAGUGAAAGGGGUAACGGACGAAGCCCAGGGUUACUAUGUGGAGAUCAGACCGAUACAAAGCCUUGACUGGGUCCGCUGUAACACCAAUCCUGUUACCAGAACAUCCUACACUGUGCUUGGCCUGAAGGCAAUGGCCACAUACUGGGUGAGAGUCAUUCCCACCAAUUUUGGAGGUGAUGGAGAACCUCAGAGCUUUGACAAGUACAUAAUCGCCAUGCCUCCUCCUGUGAGGCCAAAGUUCAAAGACCGCAAGAUGAGAACCUUUGUGGUGGUGAGAUCUGGAAACACGGUUCGCCUCUACAUCAACUUUGAGGCCUCCCCUUUGCCAGAAAUCAUCUGGCUGAAAGACGGUACUCCAACACCAAAACAUGUAACAAUUACGAACUCAGACACCGGCUCCCAACUGUUAAUCCCCACGUCUGAGCGCUCAGACACCGGCAUCUACACCAUCACUGUCCGGAACCUGGCUGGGCAGGAGAGCUUCAACGUCGAAGUCAGAGUUACAGACGAUCCCAUGCCACCAGGUCCAGUUGAGCUGGGUCAGAACACCCCAGGUACAGUGACUCUGUCCUGGGCUCCAUCACCUGAUGAGAAGCGGGACGACAGACUACAUUACAUGGUGUCCAAACGGGACUCCUUCAAAAGCUCCUGGAGGAUAGUGGCUGACAACCUCUUUAACAACAAGUUCACGGUGGUCGACAUUUUGCCCGGACGGGAAUAUUACUUCCGAGUGUUUGCUAAAAACGACAUGGGUCUUUCGCCACCGUCUGUCUCUGCUGCAUUUGGAACCCAAAAAGAAAAAGAAAAGUUUAAGGUGACCGUGCCACAGAGGAAGCCCGUCAGCCUCCAGUCAGCUCCAUCAUUCAUUCUUCCCCUGAGGAGGCGAAUCCCUCCACAAGGCUACGAGUGCCUCAUGAGUUGUGCAGUUAGGGGAGAUCCAGCUCCGCGUGUAACCUGGUACCACAACAACAUCAACCUGAACACGAACACCAACUACCUCAUCACCAACAUCUGCGGGGUCUGCUCCCUGCUCAUCCUCAGGGUGGGGGCCAGGGACAACGGGGAAUACAAGGUGGUCAUUGAGAACAAGCUGGGCUCAGCAGAGUCCUCCAUGCCUUUAAAUGUCAGAGAGUGAAGAGGAUCUGCAGCAGCCCUCUACUGGACAGUAAAUGCAGUACAAACCAGGACAUUCAUUGACGUCACAGCUGUGUUUGUGUUGUCUCUAAAAAAAUUAAACGUUACACAAAGCAG